UCGACCCAGCAGCGUCCGUGGCAACGCGCCCUUCCGAAUUCCAGGAGGCAGGAGGUCGUUCAUUCCAACGCCGACCGAGGUAAAGCGGGUCUCGCUGCAGUUUCUGCAUUUUUCUUUUUCCGGUAAAAUAUGCCAGGCGACGCCAGCUCGACCGGUCUCAUAGCGGCGCGGGUGCGACCAGUUUACAGACCUCAGCCCAAGAAAGUGGAGCUUUCUGGCUCGACCACGCCCGCGCCGUUCACGUUGAAGCCGUUUGCUGGGCUGUUCAACCCUUACCCUUACGGAUGUUCGGUUCUGUGCAACCAUCCGGCCGAUUGCGAGGCAAAGGAAGUCGUGAGAAGAGCCAAGGACACUUGGGCCACCGAGGGGAAGGCUCUCCUCCUACCGGUGGAAAUGGAGCUGAUCCGGAAGUCGCUCUUGGCAGGUGGUCGGAUUCACCUGGAAGAGGCUUCCGGAAAAGGGAGUCGCACCGUGGACGGGUCGGCGAUCGUGCCGGAAGAGCUUUUCAGGAAGUACACGGACACCGACUCGCGGCCUCUGACCCCGACCCCGACCCUGGCCAGUGGUCCACCCUUGUCGUACCGACCAACGCUCGACGACGCCUCGACGACCUGCAACUUUCGCGAGAGGACGACCCUGGUGCUCGAUCUCAGAGCCAACCAGCAAGACCAGGAGACCGAAACUCUGAGUUGGCACACCCUGACUUUGGAGCCGCCGCCGACGUUUCGCCGGACCCAGGUCACCAUCUCCAAGCCAGCUUCGCGUCAACUACCGUCGACUGCGUCGAUGAAUCCUUCGUUACCUCCCGAAGAACACCCGCCUGCGAUCGAGGAGCUCAGCGACAGACGUCUUCAGGAUUCCUCCAGAAACGCUUCCGGAGAUGGCGGAAGCGAAAGCGAGGAGGUUCCCAUGCGUCGCCGAGGGAAGAAACUGCGAAAACGAAAAUGCAGAAGAGGUUCGACGUAUGGUCAGCAAAGAGAGGUCAGGGACCCACCCGAACCGGUGGAAACUCAGGUGUCCCAGGUCGAUGAUGGAUCCAGAGCUGGGUCAGCAAGGGCCUCGAUGGGGGACGCCAGUGUCCCGACGACGCCACCACCCGUGUCGCCGUUGCCUAUUUCGGAACCGCGGGCGCCUUCCAGCUUCAUCGACGUUCGCCUUCUUAAACACCUAGCCAGGGAACUGGAUGCGGACAAAGUGGAAGAGGAGUUCGAUCUCAAGAGGAGACUCGCCUUGGAGGAGGCGCUGCGAGUGAAGACGGAGGUGCAUCCCGUUCCAAGAACGCCGAGACCGAGUUCCGGCCAGCCGGGUGAGAUAGUUCCCAGAGUCUUUUCCCGACAGAGCGCGAGAUUCGAGAUCCUGGGCAGUCAGAGCCUCGUCGGUCUGACACCCCUGGGGUAUCUCGGCAAACACGUGUCUCCCAUCCCCGAGAGGAAGUUCUUGUAUGGGCGGGCCUUCAAGAGAAGGUACGAAGAAACGCCGGAAGGGGAAAGAUACGUUCUGCCGGAAGGGGUCAGACCCGGUCUUCGGGAAGUGAUGGGCAAGCCGCUGACCGAGGAACAGUGGGAGCGUUUUCGGCAGCUCGUUGGCGAAAUUAAGGAGCCCCUUAAUUUUAGAUCGUGGUGCGGCGUGUGUGCCGUCUGCGAGAGAUUGUUCACGCCGCUUCCUCCCUAUGGGGUCGACCCCCCGCUGUGGAUCGAAAGGGCGGACUUUAAGGCGCUGGAACGGAGACUCGAGGAUGUGGAGGUGGACCCAAGACUCGCGCGGCUUCUGCGAGAAAUCCGCAACGCUUGAGCCUGGAAACGAUCUUAGUUCGAAUCGUAUCGAUCGCGUAACAAAUUGCUAGCACGAAGUCGAACACCGGGUGCUGCGUCUCGCGAUUCGCAAAUUUUCGUCGACAGGUCCGAAGGGCU